UCAGGGUCGUCAUCGUCGUCACUCACAACCAGCCAGCUUCCUCCGCUUCCUCACGCACACACCGCCGCCGGCAGGCAGGCAUGGAGAAGAAGCGGGUGGUCAUCGUCGGAGCCGGCGUCAGCGGCCUCACGGUGUGCAAGCACCUGCUGGAGCUCGGCUGCCGGCCGGUCGUCUUCGAGGGGGACACCGUGCUGGGCGGCGUGUGGGCGCGCGCGCCGGCCUGCACCGAGCUCCAGACGCCGCGGCCCAUGUACCAGUACUCCGACUUCCCGUGGCCGGAGACCGUGACGGAGGUGUUCCCGAACCACCGCCAGGUGGUGGCGUACCUCGACGCCUACGCGCGCCACUUCGGCGUGCUGGGGUGCAUCCGCUUCGCCCACCGGGUGGUCGGCAUGGAGUACCACGGCGGCGGCGGCGGCGGCGUCAGCGAGCAGGACAUGGACGCGUGCGAGGAGUGGGCUGGGAACGGCCAGGCGUUCGGCUCCGGCGCCGGCGAGUGGCGGUUGUCGGUGGCUGACGCCGACGGCCACGUUGAGACACACAAAGCAGACUUCGUCGUUCUAUGCAUGGGAAGGUUCAGUGGUAUUCCCAACAUACCUACAUUCCCAGCAGGCAAAGGUCCAGAAGUAUUUGAUGGGCAGGUGAUUCACUCCAUGGACUAUGCCAAAAUGGGCGCAAGUAAAGCUAAGGAGAUGAUCAGGGGCAAGCGUGUAACUGUUGUUGGCUACCUGAAAUCAGCACUUGAUAUUGCCGCUGAAUGCGCCGAAGUAAAUGGCACUGCUCACCCAUGUACAAUGGUGGUCAGAACAAAGCACUGGAUCUUACCGGACUACUUCGCCUGGGGCUUCCACAUCUCAAAGCUCUAUCUCAACCGUUUCUCUGAACUCCUCAUUCACAAGCCUGGCGAAGGCCUUCUGUUGUCAAUUUUGGCCACCCUUCUGACUCCGUUGAGGUCGGUGUUCUCCAAGUUCGCCGAGAGCUACUACUCCAUUCCGAUGAAGAAGCACGACAUGGUACCUGACCACAGCCUGUUCGAGGCGUUGGCUGCAGCCACCAUCGCCAUCACGCCCAAGGACCACUACAAGCGGCUGGACGAAGGCAGCAUCGUGCUCAAGAAGUCCAAGACGUUCAGCUUCUGCAAGGAAGGCGUGGUCGUGGAGGGUGAGACGUCGCCGGUGAAGAGCGACGUGGUGAUCUUCGGCACCGGCUUCAAGGGCGACGACAAAAUCAAGAACAUGUUCACUUCAGAGUAUUUUCGAAACAUUGCAGUUGGGUCAGAAUCCACUACUGUGCCUCUCUACAGGGAGUGCAUACAUCCUAAGAUCCCUCAGCUGGCCGUGAUCGGAUAUUCCGAGAGCAUUGCGAACAUGUACACCUCGGACAUUCGCGCCAAGUGGUUGGCGCGCUUCUUGGACGGCGGCUUCAGACUACCAAACGUCGCGGCGAUGCAGAAGGAUGUCUUGGAAUGGGAGAAGUACAUGAAGAGAUACUCUGGAAGAUACUUUCGCCGGUCCAGCAUUCUAAUCCUGCACACUUGGUACAACGACCAGCUCUGCCGUGACAUGGGGUGCAACCCGAGGAGGAAGAAAGGGUUCUUUUCUGAACUGUUUGAGGUCUAUGGCCCUGGCGAUUAUGCCAACCUACUCUCCAACUCAAAGUCCAAGGAGCAGUAGAGACCUUGUGCUUAGAUUCCUUUGGCGUGUAUAAAGAUCAGUUCAUGCUCUCAGAUAUUCUUGUUAUUCAACGAGAAUAUAUAAUGUGUGUACGUACUGUCGUGAUGACCAUCUUUGCACUUAUCUAAAUGAUGUAAAGCUUUCAUGAUAUAUAAUAAAGUUACGUGUAUGUUACUCCCUCCA